AUGCUGCAAGUGUCGGAUCUGCUUUCCAAGAACAAGUCGUGGAGCGCGAGCUUCUGCGCCAACAAGCCAGAGCUCGUUGCAGAGCUCGCGCAGACACAGACGCCCAAGAUCCUCUGGAUUGGCUGUGCCGACUCGCGCGUGCCGGAGUCGGUUGUCUGCGGCGCCGACCCGGGCGAGAUCUUUGUCACACGCAACAUCGCCAACCAGUUCCGCCUGGACGACGACAACGCUCUGAGCGUGCUGACGUUCGCAGUGCAGGCGUUGGGCAUCGAACACGUUGUUGUGGUUGGUCACACGUCGUGCGGUGGUGUCAACGCCGCCAUCGCCGCAACUAGCGCUCCCCCCAGCCAGGAAGCUCUGCAGUCCAGCGCUCUCCUCCGUCACCUCGUGCCCCUGACCCAGGUCGCCAAGAAGGUCGUCGACGCCAACCCGGGUCUGCAGGGCCCCGAGCUGGCGGAAAAAGUCGUCUACGAAUCGGUAAAACUGCAGGUGGACAACAUCGUCUCGACCAGCAUCAUCCAGGACAACUGGAAGGGCGUCACCUCGCCUCUGUCCGGCCAAGUCAUGAACAAGGUCCAGGUGCACGGUCUUUGCUACGACAUUGCUAAGGCUCAGCUCAUCGAUCUUGACCUCUCUCGUUCGUCAGCUUGA